AUGGGAGUGUGCGCUUCUGCCCUCUCGGCCGAUUACAUUAUUGUCGGCGCCGGGACGAGUGGUCUAGUAGUUGCGAACCGGCUUUCUGAAAACCCUGACGUGACUGUUGUGGUUAUCGAGCCCGGCACCGACCAGCGAGCAAACCCUAAUGUCACGGAUCCCGACAACUUUCAAGUUCCUUUUGGGACCGAAAUCGAUUGGAGCUAUGAUGUUGUAUCGCAGCCUGACGCAGGUGGUCAAACAUUUAUCCUCCAUCAGGGCAAGGCAUGGGGAGGCACAAGUACCAUCAAUGGAAUGACGUAUAUCCGCGGCGAAAGUGCCCAAAUCGACGCCUGGGAGAAACUAGGGAAUCCUGGAUGGAACUGGGAUUCUCUGUUCCCAUACUACAUCAAGUCCGAGAACUACACCAUUCCAAACAAAUCCCAACUUGCAGCCGGCGCCACAUACCAUGUCGACUGGCACGGUUUUAAUGGUCCGCUGAAUACUGGCUACUCUCCAAACCUAGUCAACACGUCAUCCGCAGCUCUUAUAACUGAAACAUGGCAGGGUCUGUCUCUCCCGCACAACCCCGACCUCAAUAGUGGACACCCACAUGGCUUUUCCAUCGGUCCCAUGACUGUCGAUGCCGAGCAGAAUCUGAGAUGGGAUGCCGCUCGCGCGUACUACUACCCUGUUGAACAGCGACCUAACCUAAGCAUCGUCCGCGGUGCGGUAAAACGCGUCGUCUGGAAAGAUCGCAGGAAUGAAAAUGGUGGGAGGAAACGCGGCCUCGAGGCCAAAGGUGUGGAGUACAUAACCGAUAACGGCAAGUUACAUGUUCUAGAAGCGAAGAAAGAGGUGAUACUGUCGGCAGGCUCUGUGAGAACUCCGCUCAUCCUCGAGGGCUCUGGCAUUGGAAAUCCAAGCCUACUCGAAUCUCUCGGCAUCGAGACUAAGGUCGCGCUUCCCGGCGUAGGAGAAAAUUUCCUCGAGCAGACCAACCACUUGCUUGGGUUUGCGGCAACCACGGAAAUUGAACCCACAUGGGGCGGAUACCACGGCUUUGUGACGAUGCAGGACCUAUUCGGCGAUGUAACCCCUGACCUGGCUGCGUCGACUCGGGCAAAGAUUCCUCAGUGGGCCAAAGUCGCCGUUGGGGAUAGUGCAAAGACUGGCCUAAGUACGGAACCGGUUGAAAAGCUGUUACGUAUACAGCACGACCUGCUCUUCAAACAGAAAGUGGCCGCCGCUGAAAUUAUCAUCGGGGUAAUCCCUGGCGACGGCGUCUCCCUUGCGGGCGCCACCUACUGGCUCCUCAUGCCGUUCUCUCGUGGCAACGUGCACCUCGGAUCAGUCGAUGAAAUUAACGAUCCCAUCAUCGACCCUCGAUUCUUCCGUGCCGACUUUGAUUUGUCCGCCACCGUCGCCACGGGAAGACUUGGCCAAAAGUUCUGGCUCUCCGAUCCGGUGAGCAGUCUUAUCCUCGCUCCGGUGCUUCCUGGGGAAGACCUUUUGCCCAACAACGCUACAGAUGAGCAAUGGGACGCGUUUACUCGUGGGUCUGCGGUGCCGAAUUCUCAUGGACUCGGUAGCGCGUCCAUGAUGGCCCGGGAACUUGGCGGCGUGGUGGAUCUAGAACUGAGGGUUUACGGAACGACAAAUGUACGUGUUGUCGAUGCAUCGAUUAUCCCCAUGCAGAUUAGCGGACAUCUUACGGCAACCAUCUAUGCCGUUGCCGAGCGUGCAUCGGACAUCAUCAAGGGAACCUGGAAUUAG